UGACAACCUCUCAGCCCCCAUGUAAUGGGAUCAGCCCUUUUAAACCGCUGGCCAAAGUCUGCCCCCUCUCCUCCUCCCCCUGCCAGUGAGUUGUUUACUUUGGUUAUAUCAGCCCUGGAUCGUGAAUAAAUGCGUCCAGAGGGAAACGCUGUCGGCACCAACAGUGUGCAGCAGUGUGAGAAGAGAGCAACAGAGCCAUGGAAGCCAUGAAUCCGGUGGCCGUCCUGCUGUUGAGUCUGGUCUCACUGGGUCGGUGCGCCCCUCUGAGUCACUGUGACGCGCUGAUGAAGCCAAUAACCAUCAGCAACGAAGAAAUCCUGGGACGGUGGCAGUACAUCGGGGGGAGCUCGGACAUCCCGGGGAGCCGCUCCCUCGCCCUCCUCAUGACCAGCGCCUGGGUGGACCUGACCCAAACCCCCCGGAGCAACGUCCUCAAUCUCGUCCAGAGUCACAGAAUAUAUGGCAGAUGUUCCAGCUACGCCUAUGAUGUGAUCUUUGAGAACAACACCAUGUUAAUUGAGGAACCCUUCUUCCUCAAAGAGGUCUACCUGCCCCACGCCUGCCCCGACUGUCUGGUGGCCAACGAAGACGUCGUCUCUGGGGGAGAUACUUUUAAAAGUCUCCUCAUGUUCAGCAGGAGCAGAACGGUUCCACCCGCCGCCAUGGAAAUGUUAAAGAAACAGGCCGAAUGUCUCCGGAUGCCGCCGCCUAUAAUCAUGGACCCCGACGAGGAAAUGUGCCCGGAUGACAUUGCGCCGCUGGAGGGGCUCACUGCUCUCAACUCCAUAUUCGAGGCCAAGAUGGGACAUCGGGUCGCAAGAGUUCUGGAUGCUAUUUUUGACAUGUUUUUGAACUGAUGUCUGAUUCGUUUGGACCUGCGCUAAAUGUUUAUUUCUCUUUUUAGGGGGAUGGGGAGGUUGUAAUAAAAUAAAUGAGCAGAAACUAUCAUUUUUAUAAUAAUUUGUUGUGGCAAUACCUGUCAAAGCUAGGUCAAGUUGCAUCCAGCAAUACCAAAGAAGUAAAUUUUUUUUAUGGGUUUUUUUUUUACGCAAAACCAUUCUCUGAGCUAGUUCUUGAUCAGGUUUUUCAGAUCUCAUAGUUGCUCUGGCUGGCAGAAACAGAGAUUAUUCAUUUUUUAAUCAGAAGAAACGAGAAUCAAAGAAUCUUCAAUCUUUGUAAGAAUCUAAACAUUAAAAUGGUUCAAGCUAAACUCACUGGUGUUCGUUAUGUGGCUGAUAUUUAUACAAAUGCUAUCGUUAUUAACAACGAAAGCGGCCAAUAAUG